AUGAAGGCUUCUAUUCUUCUUCUUGCCGCCUCCGCUGGCGUUGUCCUGGCCCAGCCUGCUUCCCUCGCCGAGCGUGGCUACUCUACAGGUGUCUGCCCUACCUAUGGCAACCCUUUCGAGCCUACUGCUGCGUGCUGUUACUAUACGAAUCGGCCUGACACAGGCUAUUCUGCUGUUGUCUGCUUAAAGGCUACCAGUACAAAUACUACCGCCGACUUUACAGAGAACUGCCGCCAAACCAAUCCUACUGCCCGACCCCGGUGCUGCCCCAAGGCUGCGGUUGCCAAGGAUGCGAGCGACAUGGACCAUAAAGAUUUGCUCUGCCAAGACCCUAAGGUUGUUAACUAG